AUGGAUGCAGCAGAAUUUAGAGUAAAAGGGAAGGAAUUGGUGGAUUUUAUGGCUGAUUAUUUGGAGAACGUCAGAGACCAGAGGGUUUAUCCCGCAGUGAAACCGGGGUUUCUCAGAAAACUACUUCCGGAAUCAGCUCCAGAGAAACCUGAAAAAUGGGAUGACAUUCUUUCAGAUGUCAAAGAAGUCAUUAUACCAGGAGUAAGAGGGCAUAAAAUGUGGGACCAUGCUUUGAUAAUGAUCCCCAGA